AGUCCUUUGUGUCUUGCAGCUUUCUUUAUCCCUUGUGGAAAUUCGUUGGAAGAAAUCUCAGAACCAUGGCUCCCAAGAAGGUUGAACCUAAAAAGGUUGAACCCAAGAAGGAGGUGACCAAGCCUACUGCUGCUCCUGCUCCACAGCCAGAACCUGAAGCACCCAAGGAGCCUGAGUUCGACCCCAAGAGCAUCACAAUUGAAUAUGCUGCUGAUCAGAUAGAGGAGUUCAGGGAGGCCUUCAGCCUGUUUGACCAAACCCCCACUGGUGAGUUGAAAAUUUACUACUCUCAGUGCGGUGACAUCCUGCGUGCUCUGGGACAGAACCCAACCAAUGCUGAGGUGUUGCAAGUGCUCGGCAAACCCAAACCAGAAGAGAUGAACAGGAAAAUGAUGGAUUUCGAGUCCUUCCUUCCCAUGCUGCAACACAUCUCCAGGUCCAAGCAGCAGGGCAGCUAUGAGGACUUUGUUGAGGGUCUUCGUGUCUUUGACAAAGAAGGCAAUGGCACCGUUAUGGGUGCAGAGCUCCGCCACGUGCUGGCCACUCUCGGGGAGAGGAUGACAGAAGAGGAGGUGGACCAGCUUAUGGCUGGUCAUGAGGAUGCCAAUGGCUGCAUUAACUAUGAAUCCUUCAUCAAACACAUCUUGGCUGGUUGAAAGAACCUUUGCAAAGGCCUUUGACCACACAGAAAGAGUGCAAUCUCAAAGAUUUGAACAAAACCUGUUACUGUGACUGUGAUAACUGCAAAAAAUUGUAUGGAUAGAUCACUCAUAUCACAAUGUCUGUAAAAUAAACAUUGCAUGAAAUUAAAUACAAAAUCACCAUGUUCUACUUUACAGUAUUUUUAUUUGAUUGCAGUAUUUCACCAAUAUAAAAGAAUUGAGAAAAAUGACUAUGAUAAGCUGGUAUUUGCCAUUGUUCAUCUUAUAUUCUGUACAAUGUGUACUAUUUCAGAUUAAAAUAUUUUGAGACCACUCUAGCUGUUUUGCCACAAACUGAAGAACUGGAAUUCUAGGCUAUGAAUGUAAAACCUGUUCAAGUCUCUGCAUGAAGAUUGUUUUUCAAUUAAAUUACUUUGUUGAAGUUGUGUAUUCCCAUCAUCAGAGACAAGUUUCCAAUGCAGGAUCCCGACUUACAAAAAAAUUGUUUAUGCUUUUAGUCAGCUUUCUGUAUUCUGUCCUUUCAUUUCAAACUGUUGUGGUUUUGAAUUUGUAAUAUAACAAAAGGCAUUUGGUAUGUUUAGCAUGUCCCUGGGUGGUCACUAUUAGGACUAUUUGUCUCCGGAACAUCUUGAAUUGACUGUUUUAUAAUUUGUUUUGUCCCUUGGUAGAAUUACUGCAUGUCUCUACGGCACAGACUUCCACCUAUAUGUAAACUGUGGGUACUGGUACAUUCAUGGUUAAAAACACACUUUAACUGUCCCUAAAAUGUUAAGGGCUAAUUUCUCAAAGCUGUUUAUGCCAAAUUGUAAUUUUUCCCAGAAAAGAAAAAUGCAUCCAAUAAAAUUACCAAAACAAAAA